AUGAGCCAGGUUGUUCUUCUGGUCCUCAAUUGUCGGGGGCAAAUGGAUAGAAAGCCUCCUCCCGAGGACCUCACAAUGGACCAGAUUAUGUCUAGACUAUUAGGCGGAACACAAAUGGCAAGUAGUAUCACUUUACCGGGUAGCUUAAUUCUAAAGGAACUAGACAUGUAUUUAACAAUGGAUCAGUACAGCGCUAUAAGUUCAAAAAAAAAGAGAAAGCGAAGAAAAGCAGUCAGAAAUCCAGUAUCAUAUUGGAAUGGAGGGAUAAUGCCAUAUAGAUUCGCGCCCGGAGCUUACGAGACGGUUGAUCAAUAUUUUGUUAAGGUUGCAAUGAGGGAGUUAGAAAAAUACACCUGUCUUCGGUUUAAAGAAAAGACAACUGAAACUGAUUACGUGGAACUCAUUGAUUCUCAAGGAUGCUGGUCUCGUCUUGGUAAAGAAGGGGGCAGACAGGAAUUAAGUUUAGACAGAAAUGGCUGCCGAUACAAAGGAUUGUACUUGCAUGAAAUUGGACAUGCAGUUGGUCUUAUUCAUGAGCAAAAUCGACCAGAUCGUGACGAGUUCAUUAGAAUCAUCACCCAGAACAUCCAGCCUGGACUUGCGGACCAAUUUCAGAAGUACCGAAGUUCAUUUAUCAAUACCUACAGUGUACCAUACGACUUCCCGUCCGUUAUGCACUACGGCGUAACAGCCUUCAGCAGAGAUCGCACCAGUCAAACAAUAGUUGCACAACCAGCUUAUAAGGAUAGAGAAUCAGAAAUAGGAAAAGUUUUUCAGAAGGAGCUAUCUUUUGGUGAUGUACAGGUUUUGAACGCCAUGUACAGCUGCAACGAUGUAUGCGACAGCAGUAUUAUUUGUGAUGGUGGUGGCUUUUUAGACCAGAACUGUGAGUGCAUCUGUCCUGACGGAACCUCUGAUUGUCAGAGAGGAAAAACAAGGCUAAAUCCUGAAUGCCGAAAUUCAGUAAAUGACUGGAAAUGUAACAUUUGGGCAAAACAAGGGGAGUGCAAAAGGCGACCAGAGUGGAUGAACAAUAAUUGUGCCCGAGCAUGUGGAGCUUGUGGAAAUGAACAAAAUGUGAGACAAGAUCUACAGAAUGUUUGUAGAAAUCAUUAUGACGACGAGACUUGUAACAAAUGGCGUGAUAAUGGGGACUGUGUGGUUGCCGAGGACUGGAUGAGGCAAAAUUGUAAAAAGUCUUGUUCCUAUUGCGACAAGUCUAACCCUAGACCAAAAACCAAUUGCAUGAACGCUUAUUCCAACGACGCAAAAUGCAAAGAGUGGGCUUUGACAGGCGAAUGUGCCAUCAAUCCUGCUUGGAUGACCAUUAAUUGUGCUAGUGAUUGUCACACAUGUGAAAACAAUGGGAGUCUACCAGACGACGGAACGAGGACUACACGUGGACCAAUUCAGACAAGACCACCGACCGUCACCACGCCCCCACCAACAACCCCUAAUCCUAAUUCCUGUGAGGAUAGGUAUCCGACAACAAACUGUCAGAACUUCGAAAAUCAAUGGAAGUUUUGUACUAUUCAUAGAGUAUGGAUGGAAGCAAAUUGCAUGAAAACCUGUGGACUUUGUCGUGGUGGAGAAAAAGAAAAAGAAUUGGAGAACUGCAAAGACGAUAACCCAACUUGUCCCGUAUGGGCGAACGAUAACCAAUGUGUUAUAAACCCAGGAUACAUGCUCAAGUAUUGUAUGAAGUCAUGCCGUGUGUGUACUGCAGGACUUCGAGAAGGUGCUGCGGACCUUGUGGAACAGUUCAGUGAGGGUAAUAAGACUAGAUCAGCUGGCAGUGGGUCAACGAGAUCUACAGUUAAUCAGUUAUCCGUUCUAUUGAGUCUGUUCGCAGUAGUUUUCUUUCUUUGAAGUUUAAAUACGUAAAGUGCUACAUUGUAAAUAUUUACUGAAGACGAAAGGGCAACAGAAAUGUGCCAUAUUAAAUAUAACUUUGUGAUAGUGAAAAAAAAAACGUGUUACUAGAACUAGACUUAGAGAGAAUCAUCAAGUAAUUGAUCCAAAAUAAAUACAUGGUUUUAAAAUAUCAAUGUGCCUUUUUAGGAAUUGUUUGUGCCAU